AUGGCUUUGGCAAUUUCUCAUGCUUUUCACUGCCCCAAAUUGCAGUUUUCCCAGAGGAAUUUCCGCCCUAAAGUCCCAGAGUUAAGGUUCCAGCCUUCUUUCUUCAGAACAAUUCCACAGAAUACAAGGAUAAUUUGUGCGGCUGCAUCUGCAGCUGGAAGUUCUAAUCCAGACAGUGAUUUAAACCCAUAUGAGGUUCUCGGUGUGAGCCCCAUUGAGGGGUUUGACAUGAUCAAGGCAGCAUAUACAAAAAAACACAAGGAGGCUGUAAGGAGCGGUGAUGAAGCAACUGCUGCCAGACUGGAGAAAGCAUAUGACAAGGUCAUGAUGGCACAGCUAAGUAAUAGGAAGAAAGGUGUGACGUUUGGUUCCUUCAAGGUCUCAAAGGACAUAAAAUAUGCUGAUAAGCAACCAAUUGUACCAUGGGGGCCUAGGUUCACCAAGUCUACUGUACAAGAUAUGCGCAUCAACCUGGCAAUAUCUGCUGUAUUUAUUGCUUGGCUUCUUAUCAAGCGGAAUGCUGAAUAUAAACCCCUGCAGUUUUUAACGUUUGCAUUUGUUUAUCGGAUCUUUGAGAAGUUGAAAUCCUUUGAACCACCUGUAUCUCCAACUUAUACAGAAGAUGGUGAGGAGGCAGGGAGAGGACUGCAAAUGGGAAAACGGCUACUUCGUUCUCUUGCCCUAGUGUUUGGCUGUAUUGCUGUUGCUUCCCUGGGAUACACCGGUCUUCUGAAUUUGAUUGAGUUUAUGGGUAGCUUUAUUCCUGCUGCUCUUUACAAUAACCAGGAAUUGAUAAUCACCACAGCAACUGCAGUCAUGCUCUACAUUCUGGCAUCAUAUUAUAGGUGA